UGUCCGCAGGCAGUUGUCUUAAGAAAAGAGGAAGGAGCUCUCAAAUGCUGUGUCAAUUCAGGGACUCAGUAGAACAAUGGAAUACCGUUCUGAGGUAGAAAAUUUGGAUGAAGAUGGUUAUACUCGUUUAGACUUCGGCUCUCAAGGCGUCACUGGGAGACAUGCGGUCUUAGAGAAAGGAACUUGUGCUACGUCUCCUUAUUGGCGUCCCAUUGCCGUGACCUUGGGAAUCCUAUGCUUGGUAAUACUGGUGACAGCUGUGGUCCUGGGUACCACGGCUAUUUGGAGACCCAAUUCAGAGAGCAACCCAUUGAAGAAUGACAACUUUCCAUCAAGGAAUAGAGAGAACUACAGUCAACCCACACAAUCAUCUUUAGAAGACAGUGUGGCUCCUACCAAGGCUCUCACAACCACAGGAGUUUUUUCCAACUCUUGUCCUCCUAACUGGAUCAUACAUGAGAACAACUGCUAUCUAUUUAGGACAUCAUUAGCUUCCUGGAAUAGCAGUAAAAAACAAUGCUCUCAACUGCACUCUAAUCUCCUGAAGAUAGACAGUGAAAAAGAACUGGAAUUCAUAAUGAAGCAAGCGUCUUCUCAACCCGAUAAUUCCUUUUGGAUAGGGCUUUCUCGCCGUCAAACUGAAGGACCGUGGCUCUGGGAGGACGGCUCGAGAUUCUCUUCUGACUUGUUUCAGAUCAGAAGCACAGAAAUUCAAGAAAACUCAUCUCACGAUUGCGUGUGGAUUCACCUGUCAAUAAUUUAUGACCAACUUUGUAGUUUGCCUUCAUACAGUAUUUGUGAGAAGAAGUUGUCAAUACAAUGACGAGGCUGUUGAUGGAAAGAACAGAGAGAAGUAUGCAACAGCCAAAAGGGC